AUGCCACUUUCACUGCUGGUGGCGUUGCUGCUGUUCGUGGGGCUGUUGGUCUUCCUCGCGGUGAAGAUUGGCCGUGCAAUUCACGAACGGGAGACCGAGAGCGACCAGUUUCUACAAAGCCUAUCGAUGCCGAGGCCGGAGGGCGGUGCCAAGAAUGACUACGACGCAGAGCGCAAACGCGUGUUCGACGCUAACCGCGAAAAGAAGCGGUGGGAACUAGACCGACUGGAAGAAGAUUUGAAUGGGGACCCCUCCAAUGCCUGGCAUCGAGAACUGGAAGAUUCCGAUCGCACGGCCCUACGCAGCGCCCUCAUGAAACGCACCAUCUCCAACUUUCCUCUCAUUGCACGACUACCCCCUGAGCUUAACCAAAAGGCCCAGCUAUACCAGCGAGGACUACUCGCUGAAUCACAAUGGAGGUCGGUCCUCGCUCUCAGGGACUGGCUACAGGAAGAAUCUGUCCAAAUCAGACACGAAGCAGAAUGCUUGCAAGAAAAGUGGGGCUUCGAAGGUACUAUCUUUCAAGAAGCGGCUGGCUUCCACCAGCACUUGGCUCGCAAACAGAUGGAGAUGGCUCAGGAACAGCUCAGACAGCGCAGUGCUGCUGUGGCAGCCGGGAUUUCUGGCGCGGUCCCCAGGGUUGUCCCUGCGGCCUCCAGGGCGGGUGGGGCUUAA